ACUCAAUGUGCGUGGAGCGUGCGUGAUCUACCACCUAGUUCUAGCCAGUUUCGCAACCUCGAUCGAUUAUGUCGUGCAAACCAACAGAGUGAAGUGUAGUCCCUGUGACCCUGUGACAAAGUGUUUGUGUGUAUGGGACGCUGGAUAAGUCCCUCAAGAUCGGACGAUGCUUGCGUUGGUUUAUCUUGUCUGUCGAAACAAGUUACACGGUUUACCAUCUUGUCGACAGGAGGAUAAGUCAAUGCGGCACACGUCUUGCAAAGCCAGCGCAAGAUCCCUUCCAUUUACAACCGCGCGAGCGCGCUGGCGCGAAAACGGCACCAUUCAAGAGAAACCAUUUCCGGCGGUGGCCGACGACUGGGAAAGGUCCCAUCGUGGCCAUCCUGGCAUACCACCACUCAACCGAUGGAGCGGAGGUCUAGCCGAUGGCACCGCUGAUGAGUCAGUUACAGGACAGAACAGACCGCACCGACAGAUCGUCCAUACACCUAUACGCGAGCCCGAGGCGGACGACGACAGAUGCUAUGAGAGCGACCGACCAACCAACCGACCGCAAACGAUAUGGGCUUGGAAGGGCACCAAAAUGGGACAAGAAGGAUGCCAACGAAUGGAGGCUGCUACCGCGAACGCAUACCUUUGCUGUAGGACCCCGCUCUGUGGCUACUUUAUCGCGAUAGUGUCCCGCAGGCGCAUGCAUCCAGACUGGCCGACACACACAGAGACAACCGAAUACAUUGCAGAGAGCAAGAGAGAGAGAUAGAGAGAGAGAGAGAGAGAGAGAGAGAGAGAGAGAGAGAGAAGGAGAGAGAAAGAGAGCGGGGACGUAGAGGACACACACAAGCACAACAAUCAUGAGGGGGAUCACGCGCUGGAUCCGAUUUAAGGCGAGCUGGCCACGGCGGUACCCCUCAUUUCCUUGCUGGCGAUUGUUUGUGGCACUAGUGGCAGUCUAGUGUCCAAUUCAUACACUACCACCGCUACCUUUACUGUGCGUGUCCGUUACUGAGCGUGUGUCUGUUUUCGGUGCGCUCCACGUGUUUUAGCGCCUCGAGCCUUGCGAGAUAAAUUCGAGCCCUUGGCUGCAGCGUAUUGCUGGGUGGUAGGUGCAACAAGUAGGCCGUGCAGCAAGUCAAUUACAAGUUGAAUAGAAGGAGCGAGGAGACGCAAUCAAACCACAACCAGCCAUGGCGAGCCAGCAGCAAAAUGGCAACCAUCGAGGAUGCCCCAUGAACGGGUGCGGCCACCAGGCGACCGGGAGCUGUACGGCGCCGGCCCGAGACCUUCCCGGCGAUCCCAUGAUCAACUUCAUCCGGCCCGAUCAACCGUCCCGGUGUACCUGGUCGGCGGCUGGGACCAGUGAUCCUAGUCCACACCAUCACGAACCCCUCGUACCGAGGCCAGCAUUGCUCUCGACGAUCCUCGAGGCGGUCGGUCAAACGCCGCUAGUAAAGCUGAACAAGAUUCCAGCUUCGUACGGUCUGAAGUGUAAUGUCUACGCCAAGUGUGAGUUCUUGAAUCCCGGUGGCUCGGUGAAGGACCGAAUCGGGGUACGCAUGGUGCUUGAAGCGGAGCGUAAGGGGCUUCUGAAGCCGGGUUGCACCAUCAUCGAGCCGACGUCUGGCAAUACCGGCAUCGGGCUGGCAAUGGCGGCCGCCGCCAAGGGCUACCAGUGUCUGAUUGUCAUGCCGGAGAAGAUGUCGAACGAGAAGGUGGACACGCUGAAGGCACUGGGUGCGCAGGUGAUCCGUACGCCGACGGAGGCUGCAUUCGAUUCGCCCGAGGGGCUGAUUGCCGUGUCGCAGAGCCUGCAACGCUCGAUCCCGGAUUCGAUCAUUCUCGAUCAGUACCGGAACGCGGGCAAUCCGCUCGCCCAUUACGACGGCACCGGGGCCGAGAUCGUGGAGCAGCUCGGCGGCAACGUGGACAUGGUGGUGAUCGGUACUGGUACGGGCGGUACGUUGACCGGAAUCGGGCGCCAGAUCAAGCAGUCGUGUCCGACAUGCAAGGUGAUCGCCGCCGACCCGGAGGGUUCGAUACUGGCCGAACCGGAAGAGUUGAACCGGUCGAACGUGAGCUUCUACGAGGUAGAGGGCGUCGGGUACGAUUUCCUGCCAACCGUGCUCGACCGGACCGUAGUAGACCGGUGGUACAAGUUCAACGAUCGCGAAGCGCUACCCCUAGCCCGUCGUUUGAUACGCGACGAGGGACUCCUAUGCGGUGGCAGCAGUGGAGGUAACCUGCACGUCGCUCUCGAAGCUGCGAAAGAACUGAAGGAAGGCCAGAACUGUGUUGUCAUUCUCCCGGAUAACAUUCGCAACUAUCUGACCAAGUUCGUCUCAGAUAACUGGAUGGAGGCGCGAGCGUUCAAGGAAUCGAUCAAUACGUACAAUCAUCCCUGGUGGAAUGAUAGGAUAUCUUCCAUCAAGAUGAGUUUCCCGAUCACGGUAACUGACGAUAAGACAAUCGCUGAAGCGAUUGCCCUGCUGAAGCAGCAUAAUCUCAAUCAGCUGCCAGUGGUAACCAGCACUGGUGCUAUCAAGGGCGUUGUCUAUUUGCCCAAUUUGAUGGGGAAGCUGCUGAACUGUCUGGCCAAACCGACCGAUUCGCUCAAGCGGGCGAUCUUCAAACAGUUCGUUAAAAUCGACCACCAGGAAACCGUCGGCCGUGCAUCGCGUAUCCUGGAGAAGGACCCCUUCAUCGUCAUCACGCGCACCGACCAAAUAGAAGGAGAUGUGAAACAUGACGAGGCGUUAGUUGGUGUGCUGACUCAAAGGCACAUCUUCGACUUCAUUGCCAACCAUUCGAACGGUGCGGAGGACAAUACGCAAUAACCGGGCACGUUUAUCGGUUUACAUUUUUGGACGACUGGUGCAGCUCAGCUAGAGAACAUCAAUGACACCACAUCUGGGGUGCUAGACUAUUCUAAUGCUCGGAUGCGUUUAUAGAAGCGAAAAUAAAUGAUCCAGUAAAACACUGGGUAACAGACUGGGAUUUUCUGAUUAAAUGUAACGGUGAAAGACAGAAUUAUAUAGGUCUCCGCACUCACAGUGAGUUAUUGCGUGACCGAAAAAAUCGCUGCCAACUGGUUUAA